AAACCGUUGGUUGGAAGUUCCAAAUUCCGGGCAUUUACUUUUUCGGUUUUUCCGGUUUGCUCCCGCUCCAAUUCAGCAACCAGUCCCUUCUAAUUUCUUCUUUGCAUUUCCGCACCCAGAAACUUCUCUUUAUUUUCCUUCUCCAUCGAUCGAUGCUCUUAUAUUUCACUUUAGCACUUGAAAUUAAAAACUGCAAAAAAAGAUAUUGUCCUAUCCAAUUUGUGAAUUUUGUUCGUGAACUUGACCAGAAUUUGUGAAAUUAGGGUGUUUGGUUUGGGUACGUGGCUAGGUAUGAAGAUCGAGGAAUUGGAGGACGUGGACUGCGAUCGGGGUCAAAACGACAGUGUUCACUCGAAGCAGAUGGUGAGUGUGGACGCCAAGAGAGCGCUGGUCGGAGCCGGUGCUCGGAUCCUCUUUUAUCCGACCCUUUUGUAUAAUGUGUUUAGGAACAAAAUCCAAGCCGAGUUCCGAUGGUGGGACGAAAUUGACCAGUAUCUUUUGCUGGGAGCGGUUCCAUUCCCCAAGGAUGUUCCACGCUUGAAGCAGCUUGGUGUUGGUGGCGUCAUUACACUCAAUGAACCUUAUGAAACUUUGGUUCCUUCAUCCCUAUAUCGUGACCAUGACAUUGAACACCUUGUAAUUCCCACAAGAGAUUAUCUUUUUGCUCCUUCUUUUGUAGAUAUCAGCAGAGCUGUGGGCUUCAUUCAUGAAAAUGCAUUAUGUGGUAGAACUACUUACGUUCAUUGUAAAGCAGGGCGAGGAAGGAGUACAACUAUUGUGCUUUGUUAUUUGAUAGAGUAUAAGCACAUGACACCUAACGCUGCUCUAGAAUAUGUGCGAUCUAGAAGACCUCGGGUGUUGCUUGCUCCUUCACAAUGGAAGGCUGUUCAAGAAUAUAAUAGGCGUCAAGAACCUCCUAGUGCUCAUUCUCCCUCUGGGGAUGCAGUUCUGAUAACAAAAGCAGAUCUUGAAGGAUACCAUAGUCCAUGUGAUGAUGAUGCGGUUGGCAAAGAACUGGCAAUUGUACCUAAACUUAAGUCCAGGCUCAUGAUGGGUAGGCUGUCCUGUCUCUUUGCUUCCUUGAAAGUUUCUGGUGUUUGUGGACCUGUUACUGGCCAGAUGCCCGAGGCACGUGCCUGCUAACUCACCGAAUCCUCCGUGAAAUGUUGAGAGGUUGUUUUGUUGUAGAGAAAAGCAUCAUGGAAUGACAUUGGAAGUUUCAUGUUAAUCCUCUUAUGAGAGAAACUGAACAGAAGAGAGGCAGUUCGAUUCAAUAUUGCAUAGAUCACCAAUCAACAGUUGUCAGUUGAUGAAUAAUUUGAAUCUAACUGUACGUAACUGUGUAUCUUCUGUAAAAAUUUUCUAGUCAGUUGAGAAUAUAAUAACCUGUGGUUCUCUGUUACAUUUUGGGCGUUUUAUCGUCAUUUGAAAAGAUGAUGAAAAAGUACCUUUCUA